UUGAAUGCGCGCGUUGGUCGGAGGCGUGGCUCUGGAGUAACUCCUUGCUAUCCUCCUGUCGUCUCCGCAGACGCGGUCUGUGAGUUUGGAGAGGCCGGGCAAGGCGCGGGCUUCCCACCCUGGAAAGUUUGCAGCGGGGCGGAGUGCAGACCCGCUCUGUGCUCCUCCGGGCACGACCCUCCUGUGGGAACGGAAGCUGAGCCUGGCCGCCAUGGAUCGCUGGGCUGUGCGCCCGGCCCUCGCUUCUGCGUCUUGAAUGCUUCUCCGUGACCUGCUCUGAGCUCUGCUGUUGUGUGCUGUGAGGGGACCUCAGGGAAACGCUGAAAUCAAGACAUGGAUGCAGUGACUUUUGAUGAUGUACAUGUGAACUUCACUGGGGAAGAGUGGAAUUUGCUGGAUCCUUUCCAGAAGAAUCUCUACAAUGAUGUGAUGUUGGAAACCUACAUGAACCUCAAAGCUAUAGGCUAUAAUUGGGAAGACCAUCAUCUUGAAGAACAUUGUCAAAGUAGUAGAAGACAGGAAAGGUAUACCUUGUGUCACAAUGGGUCAAAACCAUGUGAGCAUAGAGAUAUUGAAAGAAGCAACAUAAAAUGUUUGUUCUAGAUCAAUGAGAAGAUAUGUAAUAUUCUGCCUUUUAUAGACAUUAGCAAAAUUAUAGAUAUUUGUAGUUAAUUGGUUUUCUAGUUUUACAAGGGACCAUCUCCAAACUCAUACUGUAGAAAACCUUUAUGCUUAUUAGGAAUUUGUAACAUCUUCUGUGUGUCCUAGUUCACAGUCAAAUGUGUUGUAAUUCACACUACAGGAAAAGUAUUAAUGCAUUCAGUAUUAUAAAGAUCAGAGCUGGGGGUAAGGGAUGGGACCAUGUAUGGGGAGAGACGGAAGAGAAACCCAGGAGAAUGUGUGGAAAUAUGCAGCUCUUGGGAGUGAGUGGUGGUAGAGAAUUUCUGGCAAGUUCCAGAGUCCUGGGAUGUGAGAGACUUCCAGGAGUCAACGUGGGUGACCUUAGCCAAAAUGCCUAAUACUGGAGAGAUAGAACCUGGACAAUCCACCUCCAGUAGACAGGGCCCCCAGUGGACAGAUGGGGGCACCAACCCACCCUUGAAAUGUUUGACCCAGAAUUGUUCCUGUCUAAAAGAAAUGCAGAGACCUAAGGAAUGGCUAACCAGUGACUGUGACAUCCUCUAGCCCAUUGUUCUCAGAGAAUAGCCGCCCAGACACCUGACCAUCAGCCUCCUGCAGAACAAGCAGAACCAGUUUCCAGCCUUUAGGGGAGAGGCUUGGCCUGCCUAUUUAUCUUUGGAG